UGUUUAGUGUGUUAUUUGUUUUUUGUUUUCUGUUUUAUAUCCGCUUAAGUGAAACACAAUAAUUUAAUAUGGAGUCGAAAACGCCGUUAGUUGAUUCCACAGUAAAUUCUAAGUAAACAAAUACAUUAUUAAUGUAAAAUUACAAAUUAUAAAUUCAACACUAGUUUUGUUUUUAAAGAACUUAAUUUUCUAAAAAUGUUCUAACAAUUGGUAUGAUUAUAUAUUAAACAGCCAAAAAGUGUUAAUAAUUCUACUUACUAGAUGUGAUAACCAAAUGAAUCAACCAUCUGAUAUAGUAAUUAAACAGGAAUAUAUUCCAACUGCUGACGAUUAUAAUGAUAAUCAAUUAUUACAAAUUGGGACUGGAUGUGAAACCGGAGAAAAAGCAAGUAUAAAGGAGACUGAAAUAAAAAUCGAGGAAGAUUAUAUUGACGGUUGUAAAUUUGAAAGUAUAAUUUCUCAAAGUUAUUCAAAUACUAUAGACAAAUGUAUGGAUUGUAAAAUUUGUAAUAAAACGUUUACUAGAAAAAAUCAUUUGAAAACUCAUAUGAGGACUCAUACUGGAGAAAAACCUUUUAAAUGCAAAAUAUGUAAUAAAGUAUUUUCUCAGGCAGUGAAUUUAAAAGUUCAUACAAGAACGCAUACAGGUGAAAAACCUUUUGAAUGCGAAAUAUGUGAUUAUAGAUCUGCAACAUCUUCUGCAUUAAUAAUUCAUAACAGAUUUCAUACCGGAAUAAAGCCUUACUAUUGUGGUGUAUGUAAUAAAGGAUUUGUUUCUUCUUCAAAUUUUAAUGCGCAUAAAAUAAAACAUACAGGAGAAAAACCUUUUAAAUGCGGAGUAUGUGAUAAAGAAUUUAUUCUGGCAGCGGGUUUAAAAUUGCAUACAAGAACACAUACAGGUGAAAAACCAUACAAGUGUGAUGUUUGUAAUAAAUCAUUUACUAUAUCUAUUACUUUAAAUCGACACAUGAGAAUUCAUACUGGAGAAAAACCUUUUAAAUGCGAAAAAUGUGAUUAUAGAUUUGCAAGAUCUUCUGCAUUAAUAAUUCAUAACAGAAGAAUCCAUACUGGAAAAAAGCCUUACAGUUGUGAUGUAUGUAACAAAGCAUUUGUUGCUUCUUCAUAUUUGAGUACGCAUAAAGUGAUACAUACAGGAGAAAAACCUUUUAAAUGCAAAGUAUGUGGUAAAGAAUUUUCUCUGGCAUCGGGUUUAAAAUUGCAUACAAGAACACAUACAGGUGAAAAACCUUACAAAUGUGAUGUUUGUAAUAAAGCAUUUGUUACUUCUUCAUGUUUGAAUAAGCAUAAAAUGAUGCAUACUGGAGAAAAACAUUUUAAAUGUGAUAUUUGUUCUAAAACAUUUAUUUAUAAAUGUAAUAUGAAGAAGCACAUUAUGAAUGUUCAUUUUAAAUCCAAACCUUACAAGUGUGAUGUUUGUAAUGAAGCAUUUGUUACUUCUUCGUGUUUGAAUAAGCAUAAAAUGGUACAUACCAGAGAAAAAGGUUUUAAAUGUGAUAUUUGUUCUAAAAAAUUUAUUCAUAAAUGUAAUAUGAAGAAGCACAUUAUGAAUAUUCAUUUUAAAUCCAAAUCUUAGAAGUGUGAUGUAUUUACAUGACUAAGCAUACUCAGUUGAAACCUCAUAAAUAUGAUAUCUGUAAUAAAGCCUUUAAUGUAAAAUUAAGAUUAAUUAACCAUAUGAGAAUUCAUAGUAGUGAUUAAAAACAUAAGAAAACGAACUACUGAAGUAAUAUAAAUGUACUUUCUUAUAAAAAAUUAUGUUAUAUAUUCAUCAAAAUCCAUAAUUUCACUGAGAUUAAAAAUUAUAGUUAGAUUUUUUUUUUUAUUUAUAUUAUUAUCAUUAUUAACUUACUCUACAGUUCUCCACUGUAGUUUCCAUGGAGUAUGAGUUGUAAUAUAAUGUUAUUUUAUGUUGUUAACUAAGUAGAAUUUUAAUGUAUUACUGUUUCUAUUUAAUUCUUCAUAAUUGUUAGUAAUAUUGUAAAAACGUUUAAAACAAAUAUGCAACUUAUAGAAAUUAAAAAUAUUUUAAUGUUAUAAGCUAUAGCUAAUAUCUAGAUUUGGCAUAACAUAAUAUGGUUAAAAGGUACAAUACUCAGUGUAGGUAUAAUAUUAAAUUAAUAAUUAAUUUUAACUAAAUAUGUAUUUUGAUAAUAUUCUUUAAGAUAAUGUGCUUACAUUAAAAAAUAUCAAUUUGUAUGACACGUUUUUUCAUAGUUUAAGUUUUUUAUUUAAUAAUUUUAUAUUGAAUUAAAAUUGUAUAAAACAGUGGUCUGCUGGUUAAUUUUGGUAACAUGAGAACUUUUAAAAUAUAUGAGAGAAAAUGUGAAUUGUUCCCUUUGUUUAUUGAUAAUUUUAUUACAAAUAUCUGAUAUCCAGAAAACAAUAAGUGAUGUAAAAUACAAUUUGUACUUAAAUCAAAUAUAUUGCAUGUGUGGUAAAUUUUAUUAGUUAUGCUAAAUUUUAAACUUUACUAGUAAAAUUGGUGAUCACUAAUUGUAACCAAAAAUGGGCCAAUGGUAAACAUUUUUGAAAUUUCAAAUAAUACUAAACAAUAAUUAUACAUAAUAAAUAGUUUAUAAGCAUAAAAUGUACACUGUAGUGUAUUGCAAAUAAAGCAAUUUCUAAAUUCAAAUAAUGCAUUAUUAAAUUAAAAAAAUAAUAUUAUUGAGCUUAGUAGAAAUUAAAUAA